GCCGGCUCGCACCGGAGCUGGCUCUGGGGGCUCCCCCAAGCCGGAGCGCUCCCCGUUGCCGCGGUCAGCCUCCCUCUCCUGGGGGCUGAGCAGCUCCUCUCCGCAGUCACCUGUAGCUAACGCUGCUUUUUCUGCAUUCCUCCGAAAAACAGCUAUUCUCAGCCCCGAUCCCUUCCCGCGUGUUUUACUUAAGCGAACCAAAUGUCCAUGUUCCAGGAGCGGAGAUGAUGUUGCCUCUCUGGGAAAGAUGCGGUCUUCCCUUUCCUUGUCGCUUCCCUGCGCCCCACAGGGCUGCAAGCAGGGGACCGGGAGGUGUGGAGGGCUGGCUGCGCUGCCCCUGCCCCCGCCCCGGGGAGGAGCCUCGGCCCCAAAUAAGGUGCGAUUUCACCUUUCGGUUCGUCUUCCCGGAGCGGUGCUGGAAUUACGGCCGUCCCGGUCCCCGAGGCGACCCGGUUCUCUGCUUGUGGCUCUGCGCUCCGCCGGCGGUCCCCUCUCCCAGACCCGACGUGGAACGGCCGCAUUCCCCCCUGUAAAAUGAGGGGAGCGGGAUCUCCGCGCGGGCAGCGGGAGCUGCUGUUGCGCCUGUCGGAGUUCAGCAUGGAGGGAGGUAAAACAGCCACCUGAACGCGGAGAAACGCCCGAACCACAACAAGUAGUCUCGCCUUGCUGGGCGGCACGGAGAGCGACUGGGGCCGGAGUCCACCCGGGAAGAGAAGCCGCCGUCGCUCCUCUGGCAAAGGCAGAAGCUCGUCUCCCGCGGACCUGCCGGCGACCAGCUGCCCCCCGCCCAGCGACCGGCGCCCCCACCCAAUCCCCGCCGCAGUCUCCAGCGCUCUCCCCAGUCAUGUCCCACCCGGAGCGAUGGGGAAGCUCGAGGACAACGAGAGAGUGAUCCUCAACGUGGGGGGCACGCGGCACGAGACCUACCGCAGCACCCUGAAGACUCUGCCGGGGACCCGCCUGGCUCUGCUCGCCUGCGAGUCCCAGAGCGAGUCCCCGGGCGGCGAGGAGCGGCCGCCGCCGCCCCCCAACCCGCCGCCGCCGCCGGCGGGCGGCUGCCCGGAGCCCGGCAGCGGCUGCAGCCCCCGGGGCAGCGGCGGCACCAGCGAGUUUUUCUUCGACCGGCACCCAGGGGUCUUCGCCUAUGUGCUCAACUACUACCGCACCGGCAAGCUGCACUGCCCCGCCGACGUCUGCGGGCCCCUCUUUGAGGAGGAGCUGGCCUUUUGGGGCAUCGAUGAGACCGACGUGGAGCCCUGCUGCUGGAUGACCUACCGCCAGCACCGUGACGCCGAGGAGGCCCUCGACAUCUUCGAGGCACCCGACUUGCUGACGGGCGAGCCGCCCCCCGACGGCGACGACGACGACCUGGCCGCCAAGAGACUGGGCAUCGAGGACGUGGGGGCGGCCGCCGAGGGCAAGGGCGGGCGCUGGCGGCGGCUGCAGCCCCGUGUCUGGGCGCUCUUCGAGGACCCCUACUCCUCUCGAGCCGCCAGGUUCAUUGCUUUUGCCUCUUUAUUCUUCAUCCUAGUUUCAAUCACAACCUUCUGCCUGGAAACACAUGAGGCUUUCAAUACUAUUAUAAAUAAAACUGAGCAGGUCGUCAAUGGGACAGAAACUGUGCUACAGUAUGAGAUUGAGACAGAUCCUGCCCUGACAUACGUGGAAGGAGUCUGCGUGGUAUGGUUUACAUUUGAAUUUUUAGUACGUGUUGUUUUUUCCCCCAACAAACUUGAAUUCAUCAAAAACCUCUUGAAUAUCAUCGACUUUGUGGCAAUCCUGCCCUUUUAUCUAGAAGUGGGCCUGAGCGGGCUCUCCUCCAAAGCUGCUAAGGACGUGCUUGGUUUCCUCAGGGUGGUAAGGUUUGUUAGGAUCCUGCGGAUCUUCAAGCUCACCCGGCACUUUGUGGGCCUCAGGGUGCUGGGCCAUACGCUGCGAGCCAGCACCAAUGAAUUUCUGCUGCUGAUAAUAUUCCUGGCACUUGGUGUUUUGAUAUUUGCCACGAUGAUCUACUACGCAGAGCGGGUAGGAGCCCAGCCUAAUGACCCAUCAGCAAGUGAACACACACAGUUCAAAAAUAUCCCUAUUGGCUUCUGGUGGGCCGUCGUCACCAUGACCACCUUGGGAUAUGGGGAUAUGUAUCCACGGACUUGGUCAGGCAUGCUGGUGGGAGCCCUGUGUGCAUUGGCAGGGGUGCUCACCAUAGCCAUGCCUGUGCCUGUGAUAGUUAACAAUUUUGGGAUGUACUACUCCCUGGCCAUGGCAAAGCAGAAACUGCCGAGGAAGCGGAAGAAGCACAUCCCUCCUGCUCCUCAAGCCAGCUCACCCACCUUCUGCAAGACAGACUUGAACAUGGCCUGCAAUAGCACACAGGGUGACAUCUGCCUGGGCAAGGACAACCAGCUGAUGGAGCACAACAGAUCAUCAGUGUUAUCAGGUGAAGACAGUGCAGGAAGUGAGCAGCCACUCUCACCUGGUGAAAGGCUCCCUCCCAUCAGACGUUCUAGUACAAGAGACAAAAACAGAAGAGGGGGAACAUGUUUCCUACUGACAACAGGUGAUUACACGUGUGCUACUGAUGGAGGGAUCAGGAAAGGCUAUGAAAAAUCUCGAAGCUUAAACAACAUAGCUGGCUUGACAGGCAAUUCUCUGCGACUGUCUCCAGUAACAUCACCCUACAGCUCACCUUGUCCUCUAAGGCGCUCUCGGUCUCCCAUCCCUUCCAUCUUGUAAACGAGAUGGCAUCAAUCGGCUACAUAGUGUUAAAUCAAAUACUGUUUACCACAUACCGGAAAUAAGUGUAGCAUUAACCAUAGGCUCCACAAAUACUGUCUAACUCGUGCAUGAUACAACUGUUAAUAGUAAGAAAAGCCACCUGAGUAGCUGAAGAUUUUGGUUUUUCUCUUGACUUUUAAAGAUUACUUAAGUAGCACUUCUCCUUUUAUCUGCUAUAUUGUCCUACUUUCCUGUGGCAAUAAAAGGACAGUUAGUGGAUGCUGUUGUUAAGUAUAUUCAAUAAAUAAGCAUAUUUUCAGGGAGAUUUACUUAAAAUAAUGUGCUUCCAACUAAUUAUCAGUCACUCCAUUGAACCUCCAUUUCUUGUGACUCUAAUCCAUUCUGAAGAUGUCUGCUUUGAAGGGUCUGCUCAUUUGCAUGGACCAUGCUGUCUCCAUCACCUGACAAGCAGUGUUGCUGAUUGUGGAGACCACAGAGGGCUCUGGAUGUGUGUUCUCACAUUGUUACCAUUCUGCUGAAAUGAAAGCACUGAUAAACUGGUCUGCAUGUGGGAUUGUUUUUCUUUGUUUAACCUUUUUCUUUAUUUUUUAACUAUCUACUUGUUUAUAAAUGGCUUUAUUUUGUGAUUAACUUAUUUCGGUACUGGACUGCUGUAUCAGAGUUCUGAAUGUCUCCGGUUGUUUGCACACAGAUAACUGCAAAGAGGUUGUCAUUACUGGUUACACGCAAGCAGAAGCCAGAUCUCUUUCUUAAUGGCUUGGGGAAGGCACAAAACAUGCAAGAAAGGUAAACGCCAUCCAGACUUGCAAUUUUAAGCUAGCAAGUGCUGCUUGGUACUGUAGUAAUUUCUCUGCUCCAGGGUUCUUCAACAUUUUCAGAGGCUGAGUACCAAGUAAAAUUGAAACAGUUGUUGGGGGCUUUUUUGUACCAUUGUAAGAGGGUAGUGGUUCUCAAGACAGGUUUUUGACCAGCCUUAUACCUCUGGCUCAUGACCUUCAAAAAUUUCUUCAAUGUUUUUUGAGCUUUGUCCUAUUUGUUGUUUGUCUGUCUGUUUUGCAACCUGUCUCCUGUAUUCUCCAUCUGUCUUCAUAAAGCAUAAAGAUACUGUUAAAAUGGCCCCCUCUUUUAAGUUUAACUAAGAGCAUUUUUUCUCCUUUUCUUUUUUUUCAUAUGGACGAUACAUAUGUGUAUAGAUAGAAAUAUAUCUAUUUUUCAAGUGCAAGUUAGUAUCGUCUAGUCUAACUCAUGUGUGCACUCUGAAGAUUUUUCAAGUGGGAUUUAGUAGCAGCUUUACAGCACUGACCGGUUGCCUAUUGCAUCAGUCUUCCUCCUAGCAACCAGCAUUCAUUACAAUUUUGAAACUGUAUCUCCUCUAGUGUCUUUUUCAUUCAAUAUUAACCUCUGUUUAUGCAACAGGACAAAUGCAAUGGCAUAUUUGAGGUUCUGGGCUGGUGAGGAAAAAUUACCCUAAACCAUAGAGUUUUAGAACUACAUGGGGAAGACCAUAAUGACUGAAGUCUUAAGAGAUCAUUGAAAUUGUUGAAUAAUACCUUAUUGUCAUGUUUUAUUUUUUGUUAGGAAAAGAAAUAUUGUUGACCAUGUAACAUGUUCUUCUGUAUAUAGCCUAGCCCAAUAGCAUGACCUGCAUGUCAGAAUUCUUGUACAAUAAUGUAUUUAUCAAAGUAUACAUUUUUGAUAUUUAGAGAUGUACACUGAUUUACUUUUGGUAAAAUAUUGUCAAUAGAGAGAUAAUUGCAAACAGCUUUUAGCAAAUUAAUUAAUACAAUAUUUGGUGCUGCUGUUAUAUUAACUACAGUGUUGUACAGAAUUUAUCAUGGAUUUUUGACUGCUGAAAAAGGGACAGUGGAAUUUAGCCAUACCAAGGACUUUACUGGAAAGAGACUGCUGCUGCUGAAUGGGCCCUGAUAAACAACUCACACCUUGAGGAGGUCACUGAGACUUUACGUGCGAAGUAGAGCUUGUUAAAGAAGAUUAAAGACUGCUCAUAAUUAUUGCUGCCAGAGGAAGGGGUGACUAGUCACUGUUGAUGAGUCAGCUGUAAAUAUAAAAUGUGUAUGCAUGGAAUAUCAGUUUUUAUCUAUAUCAAGGAAAGCUGAAUUCAUGUCAUCAUUGCUAAGGCUCCAUGCAAAGACCCACACCCCUGUGUUUAUUCUUCCUGGUUCCUGCAGUAAGUUGUGCUGUGGAUCAUACAAAGACACACACUUAAUAAUGAUAGUGAUGUAGUCUACAUCUGUCUUGACUUCUGUCAUACUAAUGGCAUAUUUUGCAAAGGUCACAAAUUUGAACAGAGUAGGUUUGCCUAAGUCCUUGCUUUCUCAGUUUGCCAUGACCUAAAUUGUUAUGAAUUCUAGUGUACAUGCCAAGUCUUAAGUUUACUUUUCACUUUGAUAACAAAAAUGUGACUGCAGAUAAACAUCACUGACUUUGUUCACAGCACACAGUCUUCUUUCAUUGUUACCUCAAACUAUAAGUAUUAUCAGAAAUAAAAUUCUGGCAGCAAGACUAUUUUGGGUUUUUUUAAUUCAAAGUGUUGCAAACUCAGCAUCAAUAAGUAUAAAAGUUGUAUUAAAAUUAUAUCCUACAAAUGUAUAUUUUACAUAAAAUAUAUAUUCUUUGAUAAGUUACUUUCUGUGAUUCUUGUGGUAAAUGGAUCUGGUCUAUUCUAUGUUUAUGAGACAUUGCAGUGUUACGAUGUGAUAAUUAUGUUCUCUCCAUCCUAUUCAGUGGGAAGUUCUCCAGAAUCUGUUUUGUCACCCUGGUGUCCCAAUUGUAGGGACCUGUCCCAGUUGUGAAACUCUGUAUUGUGGAACUUCUGUGAACAUGUCAAGGUGCAUGCACAAUCCUGGUGGAAACCAGUGGAAAUGUAAUACCUGAAUUGGAGAAUAAAAGGCAAAAGACCUGGGGAGGAGCUUGGAACAUA